AAGCCCAUGCCCCCCUUCUUUCUUCAUCUUCAACUCCUUGCUUGCUCUUCUUUCUUUCUUUCUUUUCUUCUCGUGUGCUUAGGUAUUUAUUUACAGCUCUGGGCUCUGGGCUCGAGAGAGAGAGAGAGAGAGAGAGAGCGAUCUCGAAAAGAAAAGGAGAGAUGGGUAGAGGAAAGAUAGAGAUAAAGAAGAUAGAGAACCCAACAAACAGGCAGGUGACUUAUUCAAAGAGGAGGUCAGGGAUCAUGAAGAAGGCCAAGGAACUCACUGUCCUUUGCGAUGCUCAGGUUUCCCUUAUUAUGUUCUCUAGCACCGGCAAGUUUUCUGAGUACUGCAGCCCUGGAUCUGACACCAAGGCCAUAUUUGAUCGUUAUCAGCAAGCUACCGGGAUCAACUUGUGGAGCGCACAAUAUGAGAAAAUGCAAAACACAUUGAAGCAUCUCAAGGAGAUCAACCACAACCUCCGCAAAGAAAUCAGGCAGAGAACGGGUGAAGAGCUUGAUGGCAUGGACAUCGAGGAACUGCGCGGUCUUGAGCAAAAUCUGGAUGAAGCUAUAAAGCUUGUUCGUCACCGGAAGUAUCAUGUUAUAAGCACGCAGACAGAUACCUACAAGAAAAAGUUGAAGCACUCCCAAGAAGCACACAGGAGUUUGCUGCGUGAUCUGGAUAUGAAGGAUGAGCAUCCAGUAUACGGUUUUGUGGAUGAAGAUCCAAGCAACUAUGAAGGUGCACUUGCUCUGGCAAAUGGGGGAUCCCACGUGUACGCAUUCCGCGUUCAACCAAGUCAGCCAAAUCUCCACGGAAUGGGAUACGGUCCCCAUGAUCUCCGUCUUGCAUGACAACAGUACUUCACCCUGCACCCUGCAGCUUGAUCUUUCUCUUCUUGCAGCUAGCCACUAUUGCUACCUUUAAUUUGAUAUAUCGUAUACUCUCUCACGUACGUAGUAUGUUUAAUUUAUCUGAUCGCGACUGAAAAGCGCAUUGACAAUUGUUAUGUAAUGUCGAUUUCGUCUUUUUCCUAUUGAGCGCUAGCUCCUGCAGUAUGGAAACUAGGGAAUUAACCACCACUACUAUAAUAGAUUUGCUUCCUGCAAUAUUAUUAA